AUGGUGGAGCCCGUGGAGCGCACGCUGCGGGCGCUGGCCGCCCACUCUCCGCCGCCGGUCUUCCUCUACCUGCUGUCGCACCAGCCUCGCCACAGCUUCUGGGGGACGCCGCUGCACCUCAUAAACAGUCUGGGAGUGCCCGGCGUGCCCCACGGAGAGGACCUGGCGGCGCUGUUCCCGCUGCUGCCCGGGGAGCCGCCCGCUGGCCAGAGGGUCCCCGAGGACGACUCGGUGCGCCUCUACUUCGCCACGGCAGUCGCCAACUUCGCCAGGACCGGAAACCCUGCACCAAAGACUAAUGAUUUGAUGAAGGAAGAGUGGCUCCCCUUCAAGCUGGAGGAUCAAGCGUUUAUGAAUAUAUCUUCUGUGCCCAAGAUGCAGCGGAACAUCAUGGCAGAUCGCAUCCAAUUUUGGAGAGAACUGUUAGCUGAUCUGGAGAUGAAAAGAAACAAAGAGAUCUCGAAAAAGCAACCAAAUCAUGCUGCAGCGGCGUUGCCAAUGCAAUGUUUGUUGACGAUAACGAAACACAGGCGCCGCUCAGCGCCCUGCGCGGGUCAGUGGGCGGGUCGCGCCGCCCGCGCCUCCAGCAGUCAGCCGCCAGCUGUCCGCCGAGGCCCCGACAGCCGCGUCUGCAGCAUGGAGCAGCCGCCGCGCGCCGUGCCUUGCAGUUCUCUGUAUAAGCCAGUGAAAUUCUGCACUGCAUUUGUCAUCUUGACGGGGCUAGGACUUCUCCUUGUUUAUGGUCUGAUGCAAUUAACAGCGCUUUCGGCGCCGUCGCCGCUGCAGAGGGCCCCACCGGCAAUGGCGAGGACGACCAGCGGCCCAGUGGAUGGCCUCGCGCAGACCUCCGCCUCGGGCCGGCGCUUCUACAGCUUCGAGGGCCUGCCGUACGCGCAGCCGCCGCUGGGGCCGCUACGCUUCAAGGAUCCGCAGAUCCCGCCUCCUAAGUGGGAGAACACAUUCGCCGCAAAGAGCCCACGUGAGAUCUGUAUGGUCGUCGAAAGAGGAGCUGCGAGGGGAUACGUGGGAGCCGAAGACUGCCUCUAUCUAAAUGUCUAUACUCCACAGCUGGAGGGCGACGCGCCGGUCAUGGUGUGGCUGGGUGACGGCAGCUUCGUGUUCCGCGACCCCGUCCCGCGCAGGCCCCGGCUGGGUCGGCUCGUGGACAAGGGCCUAGUCGUCGUCACCGUGGAGUACCGGCGCGGAGUCCUGGGUUUCCUGGGCACUCACGACUCUGGGAAUUACGGCCUGAAGGACCAGGUGGCGGCUCUGCGCUGGGUGCGGAACAACAUAGCGGCCUUCGGCGGAGACCCCGCCAGGGUCACGUUGUUCGGUGUCGGCGCAGGAGCGGCCUCGGUCGGCUUCCACAUGCUGUCUCCGCUUUCCGAAGGCUUGUUUAGCAGAGCCAUCGCCAUGGGCGGCUCUCCGCUGAACCCUUGGGCCUUCAACCACUCUCCCCGGCAUGCCGCUAUGAUCUUCAGCGAGGCUUUACCCAUUGACAGCUCCUGGAAUUACAGCCACGUGGCCGAGGAUUUGCGGACCCUCCCAGUGGGCGAUGUGGUCGCUAGACUGCCAGAGGCUUACCAGGAAUGGUACCCAGAUGUGAUCCAACUGUUUGUGCCAAGCAUCGAACCAGCAUCCUCGGGAGCCUUCAUGAAGGACACGCCAUGGUCGGUGCUGGAACACGGUCUCCCUAACGCUGUGCCCUUCCUCACAGGCAGCACAUCAGCUGAGGGGAAGCAGCUACUGAAAGUGGCCAGGCUGGCUGCACUCCAAGACAACUUCCAGCAGCUCGUGCACCCCGCGCUACGCCGCGCCUCCGAGACCACCUGGCUGCGCGCCGCACCGCUGGUGCGCUCCUUCUACUUCGGCGACGACUCCAUUGGCAGCGCCGCUACCGAGGACGUACUCAACCUGUUAACAGACAUGUUCUACCUGGAAGGUAUCGACCGCAUGGCUAGGAGUGUAGCGGCGCUGUCACCGUACCCUGUAUACUACUACCACUACAGGCACGAGCGCAACAACACCAAAGAUGACACUGGACUUUCAGGUGCCAUGCACGGUGAAGACGCGCACGCCAUCCUGUACUCUCCGGAAGAUGACCGAGAAUCAGAUCCAGAUUCUGAGGAGGAGAUAAACGACGUCUGGCUGUCGAUGCUGACAGAUUUCGCAAAGACUGGGGAGCCUUCGGCGACUGUGGGCGUGGAGUGGCCGUCGCACACGGACGACGACCCGGCCUACCUGGAGGUGGGCCGCGAGUUGCGGGCCCGCAGGGACCUGCUGCCCGCCAGGAUGGACUUCUGGAGGAGCGUCCUGCCCAGGCCGGCACCACCUCAGCUCUGAACCUGAAGCAGUCCUGCGACAAGCGUUCUCUGCACUAUUUAUUUAUUAAUUUAUAUGUUGUACAGUGCUUUGUAAAUAAACCCGUCACUCUUAUCGAUUUAAUAAAUUGGUUCCAUACUA